AUGGAGAACAAGACAUCAGACCGUCUUCCCGUGCCACAACUUCCCCUCAGAGAAAGCGAUAAACCACUCUUCGCCUCAAUCAACGCUUUUGUCUACAACUAUAUGUCAAAGUACGACAACUCCCACGACUACAACCACAUCCUGCGCGUCCUUUCCAACGCCCAUUACAUUCAAACGUAUGAACGCGUUAGCAACCCCUCCGUCGAGUAUGACACAACAGCCCUCUACCUAGCCGUCCUUCUGCACGAUGUAGGCGACCACAAAUACGCACAGCCUGGUGAAGAUAUCGAGAACCAGAUAAGAGACACCCUUUUAGCCCACGGCGCAAACCCCCAGCUGGCCGACAAGGUUCAGACGAUUGCAAAGCACGUCUCGUACACGCAUGAAGUCCGCGACCCUGAUGCCGUCAACGAGGUACUCAAGGUACAUCCUGAGCUAGGCAUCGUACAGGAUGCAGAUCGAAUCGAUGCUAUCGGCGCAGUGGGCAUAGGCCGGUGUUUUUCAUUUGGAGCGGCCAAGAUGCCCGAUCAACCUAUGGAGAGGGCGGUGAGCCAUUUUGAGGAGAAAUUGUUCAAGUUGGCGGGGAUGAUGAAGACGGGAAAGGGGAGAGAGAUGGCACGGGAGAGACAUGCAGUGCUAGAAGGGUUUGCCAGGCAGUGGAAAGAAGAGACAAGGUUGGCUUUCAAAAUGGAGUAA